ACAAUAGUUACGCAACCGUAGAAGAUUCGAUCAACUACUUCCCGGGGUUCUGCAUUUUUCGUUCUUAAUUUCAACCAUUUUGGACGUUUUUCAUACGUAUUACUUUCCUUCAUCGAUGAACUUUCUGUGGACGAUGUCUGUUUUUCUCUACGUUGAUCGUGAUUCAGAAAUUUGGCUGGGGUGAGGGGAUAAAGAAGAUAAAUUUCAGUGUGAAAUUCACUGAUUGAUGAUUGAUUGAAUGAUCGAGACGGAACGAAAUCGAGGAUUGAAUUUUGGAGUUGCAGAAUUCCUAUCGAGUAGUUGUUGACUAGAGUUGAAACCUGGGGAGAGCAACCUCUCGGCUACGGCGCUGUUUUUGUUUCGGUGACUGGCUGGUGCCGUAUUGGCGCUACUGGAGAAUGGACGAUAUGGAUACUUGUUCGCCUUCUGAAUCUGCUCCACUUAAGCCUCGUGAUCGAAUAGUGCUGCGGCUUGCUGUACUUGGAGUUCCUGAUGAGCUAUUGGAUCAGCUUCAACCUGGUUUAGUUUCUUUUGUCAAGGACAACAAGUAUCUGAUACCGCAGCUGGUAUCUGUAAUUUUGCCUACUGAUGUCGAAGUGGUAAAAGCUAUACGAGAAGCUAAAGCAGGGUCCAAAAAAUCUGUGACGGGCCCAACCAUGAAAAAUCAAUUCCGUGAGAGUAUGACGUGGUUACAGUGGUUGAUGUUUGAAGGUGAACCAGCUUCUGCUCUGAAGAACCUGUCAAAAAUGAGUGUUGGCCAGCGUGGUGUAUGUGGUGCUGUUUGGGGACAUAAUGAUAUAGCUUACAGGUGCCGAACUUGUGAACACGACCCAACUUGUGCAAUUUGUGUCCCUUGCUUUCAAAGUGGGAAUCAUAAGGACCACGAUUACUCCAUAAUUCAUACAGGUGGUGGUUGCUGCGAUUGUGGCGAUGUGACAGCAUGGAAGCGGGAAGGUUUUUGCUCAAAGCAUAAAGGUGCAGAACAGAUACAACCACUCCCAGAGGAAUUUGUUAAAUCUGUAGAGCCUAUACUCGAUGUACUCUUCACUUGUUGGAAAAACAAACUCUUAUCUGCUGAAUAUAUCAGUGUGGAAGACUCUAAAUUGAGUGAUCGUGUUACAGAGCAUAAAAAGGUUGCAAAUGAGUUAACAUUUGCUGUGGUUGAGAUGCUUUUAGACUUCUGCAAGUACAGUGAAAGCUUACUCAGUUUUGUUUCAAAGAGGGUGAUUUCUUCAGCUGGCUUAUUGGAUGUUUUGGUGGGGUUGGAGAGGCUAUUAACUGAAAGUGUAGUGAAGAAAGUCCACGAGUUACUUCUUAAAUUGCUAGGAGAACCUGCAUUUAAGUACGAAUUUGCGAAAGUUUUUUUGAAUUAUUAUCCAAAUGUUAUCAGUGAAGCAAUAGAAGACAACAGUGACCACGUUCUGAAAAAGUAUCCACUAUUGCCAACUUUCUCAGUGCAAAUAUUCACUGUUCCAACACUUGCUCCUCGUUUGGUGGAGGAAAUGAACUUAUUGUCCAUCCUUUUGGGAUGUUUAGAAGAUAUAUUCAUUUCUUGUUCAAGCAAAAAUGGGCGCUUGCAGGUUAUAAAGUGGAGUAAUUUGUGUGAAACCACGAUUCGUGUAGCUGAAGAUGUUAGAUUUGUCAUGAGUCAUGCUGUAGUGCCCAGAUAUGUGAUCUAUGAGCAGCAAGAUAUUCUAAGAACUUGGUUGAGACUGCUUACUUUUGUGCAAGGCAUGGAUCCUCAGAAGAGAGAAACAGGCAUCCAUAUAGAAGAAGAAAAUGAAAAUAUACAUUUACCUUUUGGUUUAGAUCAUUCUGUUGCCAACAUCCACUCUUUAUUGGUGAAUGAAGCAUUUUCUGCUGCUAGUAGUAGUAGCAGCAGUAGUGAAGAUACAGCUGAUGCAAUGUCUUUCCAAACGUACAAGCCGAAUCCAGAUGACAUAGAUAGUGUUAGAUAUGCUAAAGUAGGACGUUUAUCACAGGAAAGUGCUGCAUGUAGUUUGUUGGGAAAGAGUACUACAUCCACUUCUGCAUCAAAAGUUGAUGAAGUUCGUUUAGAUACAAUUUCACCAACUAUUACGCGGCUGACUUACGAGUGCUUGAAGACCAUUGAUAGUUGGUUGGGAACAGAAAAUGCAUCUGGAGGUAUUUCAAACAUGUUUGAUGAAUACAUUCGCAUGGCCCCUAGUUGCAUAUUUUAUUCAUCUAGAAAAACCUCUGCCCUGGAACCAAAGAAAAUGUCAUCUAAGAUGGGGAAAGGUAAGCUUGCUAGAAGAAGCAAAGACCAUAAUAGCCAAUAUUCCUCACGUAUGUACAGUGGCCUUCAAAUGAGUAUUGACAUUGAGCAUGGUAUAAGUCAUGGAGAAGACAACCAAUUGAUGGAUAUGACUAAUGAUACAGUUACUGUUGAGGACUAUGCCAUGGAGAUUGAUGCACUAGAUUAUCUAAGCAUGUCUUCUUGGCCAAACAUAGUUUUUGAUGUUAGUUCACAAGACAUAUCCAUUCACAUCCCAUUACAUCGGCUGCUUUCCUUGCUUUUACAGAAGGCAUUGAGAAGCUGUUUUAGUGAAUCUGUGGUGACAAAUGCAACAGGUGCCAGCUCCUCAAAUUUGUCAUCUGAAUCUGUGGACUUCUUUAGAAGUGUUCUUACAGACUGUCAUCCAUAUGGUUUUUCUUCUUUUGUAAUGGAGCAUCCCUUACGCAUUAAAGUUUUUUGUGCUGAGGUCAAUGCUGGAGCAUGGCGGAGGAAUGGAGAUGCAGCCCUAUUAUCUUGUGAGUUGUAUCGAUCAGUCCGCUGGUCAGAACAAUGUCUGGAGCUUGAUCUCUUUUUGUUGCAGUGCUGUGCGGCAAUGUCUCCACCUGAUUUUUAUGUCAGUAGAAUUUUAGAACGCUUCCAGCUAUCAGACUAUCUUUCCCUAAAUGUUGAAAGCCCUAGUGAGUAUGAGCCUAUUUUAGUUAAAGAGAUGCUCACAUUAAUCAUACAAGUAGUCAAUGAAAGGAGAUUUUGUGGACUCACUGUAGCCGAAAGCUUGAAGAGAGAGUUGAUUUACAAGUUAGCAAUUGGAGAUGCUACUCAUAGUCAACUGGUGAAAGCACUUCCUCGUGAUCUUUCCAAGUGUGAUCAGCUACAGGAAAUUCUAGAUACAAUUGCUGUGUAUUCCAAUCCCUCUGGAUUUAAUCAGGGGAUGUAUUCUUUACAUUGGAAAUAUUGGAAAGAAUUGGAUCUGUACCACCCUCGUUGGAGUUUACGGGAUCUGCAGAUUGCUGAAGAACGAUACUUGAGGUCAUGUGGUGUCUCUGCUUUGACCUCACAGCUACCUAAAUGGACUAAAAUUUAUCCUCCUUUUAGAGGAUUGGCUAGAAUAGCUACUUGUAAAACAGUCCUUCAAAUUGUUCGUGCUGUUCUGUUUUAUUCUGUUUUUACUGAGAAAUCAACUAAAUCACGCGCCCCAGAUAGUGUCCUGUUAACUGCACUGCACUUGCUAGCGUUGGCAUUGGACAUUUGCUUUAUGCAAAAGGAAUCGAGUAAUCAAUCGCUUUAUGCUCGAGAUUCUAUUCCCUUGCUUCUAUUUGCUGAUGAAGAAAUUGAUGAGGGUUUGACAUGUGGUUUCGGCAGACAAAGCUUGUUAUCUCUUCUUAUUUUGUUAAUGAAAAUGCACAAGGAGGAAGGUCGAGAAAACUUAUUGCAGGCUGGAAGUUGCAACCUAUCCUCUCUGGUUGGAAGCUUGUUGAAGAAAUUUUCAGAGAUUGAUUCUUGUUGCAUGGGCAAACUUCAGCAACUUGCGCCUGAAAUUCUUGGUUACCGUACACAGUCUGUGCCAAGUAGUAAUACUAAUAGCCCAAGUGCAACUUCUGAUAUUGAGAAACGGAAGGCCAAGGCUCGAGAGAGACAGGCUGCUAUAUUGGAAAAAAUGAGAGGUGAGCAAUCUAAAUUUUUGGCUAGUGUUGAUGCCUCUAUGGACGAAUAUGAUACAGAAAUUGGUCAGCAGUCUGAGAAGCCCAAUGUCAGUGAUAGUGCGGAACAGUCUGAAACUGUUUGCUCGCUUUGCCAUGAUUUUAGUUCCAGUGUUCCUAUUUCUUUUCUGAUUCUUUUGCAGAAAUCAAAGCUUGUGAGUUUAAUUGAUCGAGGUCCUGUGUCAUGGGAUCAACCUUACUGGAGAGAUGAACAUGCCUCAACAAUGUCAAAAAGGGACCUUGAUCAAUCUAGGUUAUGCACCUCCUCUGCAGGUUCAGGAGUGAUUUCAUCUCCGCAGUUAGCUGAGCUCAUUCAGAACGCAGUUAGAGAAUAUGCAAAUCAAGGACUACCUGGGGAAGUUGGCGCUUUUCUGGAUUUUGUCAAGUCUCAUUUUCCUCCUUUACGAAACAUCCAAGGGCCUGGUACUUCAAAUGUUAAAGGAGAAAAAAUAAUAUUCAGCUAUGAUAAGCUGGAAGAGGACAUCUAUUUAUCCGUUCGAAAAGACACGCAUGAUACUGUACAUUCUAAAUUAAAUGAGAAUGAAAUUUUUUCUGAAGUUGUAAGUGGAGAAGAUACUAAGUCUGUGCUGCAUGUAAAAUUUCUAGCUGCCCUAUCAAGAGAACUGGCAGAAAAUCAUUCAACUUCUGAAAGUGCUCAUGACGUUCCCAGGCUGAUAGGAUCUUUGCAGCCUACCGCAUUUAAUGAAAUUGGACCCACAGAUUGUGAUGGAAUUUAUCUUUCUUCUUGUGGGCAUGCUGUGCAUCAAGGAUGUCUUGAUCUAUACUUAUCUUCUUUGAAGGAAAGGUUUGCUCGAAGAAUUGUAUUUGAAGGAGGGCAUAUUGUUGAUCCUGAGAAGGGAGAAUUUUUGUGCCCAGUCUGCAGACGCCUUGCAAAUUCCACUUUGCCUGCAUUUCCUAGGGAAACUCAAAAGAUUUGGAACCCGUCAAUGUGUUCAGUUUGGAGUUUAUCACAUGUUUCAGGUCAUCUUAGCAAACCAAGUGAAAAAGUGAAUCCACUUUAUGUUCAGCAAGCAGUGGCUCUCCUUAAAUCGGCAGCUAAGGCUGUUGGGAAGAAUAAAGUUCUUACAGAUAUUUCUGUACAUAGACUUAGGAAAGUGAAUUGCAAUCUCGAAGCUGUGUCCCUUGUUCUGUCUAAGUUAUACUUUUCUGGGAAACAGGAUAAGUUAAUUAGCUCCGCCAGGGUUAAUCCAUCAAUUCUUAUGUGGGACACUCUCAAGUAUUCCAUCAUAUCAAUGGAAAUUGCUGCUCGUAGUAAGACCGAUAUGAAUCUCAAUAUUGACCAUAAUACCUUGUAUAAGGAGCUUAAAAGUUCAGGUGGUUUUAUAUUGUCAUUAUUGCUAAAAGUGAUACAAAGCGUCAAGUGUGAGGAUUCUCUCCUUAUGCUUCAAAGAUUUUGUGGUAUUCAAAGGUUUGCAGAUUCCAUCUGCUCUGGAAUUUGCAAUGAAGAUGCUAGUAACUCUUGUGGACGAGGUAUCCUCCACAUCUUGACCAGCCUUUGUGUGGAAUUGCCACAAUUUGAUAUCCAGUUUUUGAGCCGAGGAUCUGAUCCUGUUCUUACCCAUGACCCAUUUGCAUCAUUGAUGUGGGUACUCUUUUGUCUUCCUUUCCCCUUCUUAUCAUGCAAGGAAUCGUUGCUUUCCUUUGUGCAUAUGUUCUACCUAGUUUCUGUGGCCCAGGCUAUAAUUACAUCUUGCAUCAAGUACGAGGGCAAGGUAGAUGGGCUGGGUUCUAGUGAUUGCUUGAUUGCUGAUAUUUGCAAAAUUAUGGGAGAGUCUGAAUAUGCUCGAUGGUAUUUUGUUUCAAAUUACACAGAGCCGUCUUGUAAUGUCAAGGAUAUGAUACGUAGCUUGACUUUCCCUUAUCUUCGGAGAUGUACACUACUUUUAAAAGUACUAAAUUCUUCUGCACAAGUGCCAAUUUUUGAUGGAGAAACUGCUUUGGGAACAUGUCUUGCCGGUGACAAUAUGAUUGACAACAUCGCAUUGGAGCUCAAUGAAAUCGAUAAGCUUGAGAAAAUGUUCGAGAUCCCUCCAUUGGAUGCUGUUAUCAAGGAUGGAGCCUCACGGUCACUUGUUUGGAAAUGGUUUUGUCAUUUUAAUAAAGAAUUUGAGUUUCAGAGGUCUAAAAAUAUAAUGCACUGCACACCUGCAGUACCUUUUCAAUUAAUUCAUUUACCUCAUGUUUACCACGAUCUAUUGCAGAGAUACAUAAAGAAGAGAUGCCCUGACUGCAAACAUGUUAUUGAUGAUCCUGCAUUAUGCCUACUAUGUGCUAGACUGUGCUCUCCAAGCUGGAAAUCAUGUUGCAGGGAAAGUGGAUGCCAAGCUCAUGCAAAUAUCUGUGCUGCCGGUACUGGUGUAUUUUUGCUGAUUAGGAGGACGACAAUUCUACUGCAGAGAUCUGCACGUCAGUCUCCUUGGCCAUCUCCUUAUUUGGAUGCUUUUGGUGAGGAGGAUAUUGAAAUGCGUAGAGGAAAACCAUUGUAUUUGAAUGAAGAGCGUUAUGCUGCCCUAUCAUAUAUGGUUGCUUGUCAUGGUCUUGAUCGAAAUUCAAAGGUUCUAGGCCAGACUACAAUUGGGUCUGUCUUCGUGAUUUAAUAUGGAGUAUAUUUCGAGGCGAUUCCUUUGGCCACUACGACCGUUCAGAUUUUGCACUUGCUCAUAUUAUAACUCAUGCUGAAUUCACUGUCCUAGUUUUUCCCAACAGAGAAGUAUUUGACGCCUUGGAGACACUGGUAGAGAUGUCGGAUACAGGUAUGAUGAAAAUGGAAACCCCCCUAUAUACCUUUUAUGAUGUAGAAUGAAUAUCUAUUCGAAUAGAAUUUUGGUUGUGUA